CUCCCGGGAAAGGGUCCAUUCCUCGGGGAGAGAGGGCUGAGUUUUGUGCGCCUCCGUCCGCUGCGCGCGCCGCUCCAGGCCCCGCCGCGCCCCGCCUGCGCCCGGGACUGCGCCGCGGCACUCACUGCCCCGUUUAUUUGUCUUUGGAGCAGGCGGGCCGCGCCAGAAGCGGGCGAUCCCGCAGUGUCCUGCAGCCGCGGACGCCGCCUGGCUAGGAUGACACCACGUUGAGCGCGCCUGCAAACAACAACAACAACAAGCGCCGCCGCGGUCACCGCGUCCACCGCGCCCUGCUCCUCCGAAGCGUCGCGCCGCCGCCGGUGCAGCCCGCCCGCGUCCCCGGCCGUCCGCAGCGCCCGGCCGCCGGUGUAUGCCGCGCCUGCCCGGGACGGGCUGAAGCCGGCGGCGGGCCGCACCGCAGGCGCCGAGCAGGGCCAGGGCGGCCAGGGCAGCCUCCUGCCGCCGAGCCCCGAGCGCCGCCGACCGCGGACGCGCUUUCGGCUGGGAGUCGCGGCCGCCGCCAGCAGUGUUCAUGUUUGGGAUUCAGGAGAAUAUUCCGCGCGGGGGGACGACCAUGAAGGAGGAGCCGCUGGGCAGCGGCAUGAACCCGGUGCGCUCGUGGAUGCACACGGCAGGCGUGGUGGACGCCAACACGGCCGCCCAGAGCGGCGUGGGGCUGGCGCGGGCGCACUUCGAGAAGCAGCCUCCUUCCAACCUCCGGAAAUCCAAUUUCUUCCACUUCGUGCUGGCGCUCUACGACAGGCAGGGGCAGCCAGUGGAGAUCGAAAGGACCGCUUUUGUGGACUUUGUGGAGAAAGAGAAAGAGCCGAACAACGAGAAAACCAACAACGGCAUUCACUACAAGCUGCAGCUACUGUACAGCAAUGGCGUCAGAACAGAGCAAGAUCUGUAUGUCCGCCUCAUAGAUUCAAUGACCAAACAGGCCAUCGUGUAUGAAGGCCAGGACAAGAACCCGGAGAUGUGCCGCGUGCUGCUGACCCACGAGAUCAUGUGCAGCCGGUGCUGUGACAAGAAGAGUUGUGGCAAUAGAAACGAGACACCCUCAGACCCUGUAAUCAUUGACAGAUUCUUUCUAAAGUUCUUCCUCAAGUGCAAUCAGAACUGCUUGAAGAAUGCGGGCAACCCCCGGGACAUGCGGAGGUUCCAGGUCGUUGUAUCGACAACAGUCAACGUGGACGGCCACGUGCUGGCCGUGUCUGACAACAUGUUUGUGCACAACAAUUCCAAACACGGGAGGCGGGCCCGCCGCCUAGACCCGUCAGAAGGUACGGCCCCUUCUUAUCUGGAAAAUGCCACUCCGUGCAUCAAGGCCAUCAGCCCCAGUGAAGGCUGGACCACGGGGGGCGCCACUGUGAUCAUAAUCGGGGACAACUUCUUUGACGGUCUACAAGUUGUGUUCGGAACUAUGUUGGUGUGGAGUGAGCUGAUAACCCCCCACGCCAUCCGAGUGCAGACGCCCCCGCGACACAUCCCUGGAGUUGUUGAAGUGACCCUCUCCUACAAGUCUAAGCAGUUCUGCAAAGGCGCUCCUGGACGCUUUGUCUAUACUGCCCUUAAUGAGCCAACCAUAGAUUACGGCUUCCAGAGGUUGCAGAAAGUGAUACCCAGACAUCCAGGUGACCCCGAAAGGUUACCCAAGGAAGUGUUACUGAAGAGGGCAGCAGACCUUGUGGAAGCUUUGUAUGGGAUGCCUCACAACAACCAGGAGAUCAUCCUGAAGAGAGCCGCUGACAUUGCUGAGGCGUUGUACAGCGUUCCCCGCAAUCACAACCAGAUCCCCACCUUGGGCAACACUCCAGCACAUACUGGCAUGAUGGGUGUGAACUCCUUCAGCAGCCAGCUAGCCGUUAAUGUGUCAGAGACCUCACAAGCCAAUGACCAAGUCGGCUACAGUCGCAAUACAAGCAGCGUGUCCCCGCGAGGCUACGUCCCCAGCAGUACUCCCCAGCAGUCCAAUUACAACACAGUCAGCACUAGCAUGAAUGGAUAUGGAAGUGGCGCCAUGGCCAAUCUAGGGGUCCCUGGCUCGCCUGGAUUUCUUAAUGGCUCCUCCGCUAACUCUCCCUACGGCAUAGUGCCGUCCAGCCCCACCAUGGCAGCCUCUUCGGUCACCCUCCCUUCAAACUGUAGCAGCACACACGGCAUUUUCUCAUUCUCACCUGCCAAUGUCAUCUCCGCAGUGAAACAGAAGAGCGCUUUUGCGCCCGUGGUCCGGCCCCAAGCCUCACCUCCUCCUUCCUGCACCAGCGCCAACGGGAACGGACUGCAAGCUAUGUCUGGGCUGGUAGUCCCGCCCAUGUGAGGGACUCUGUUUACCUUCACAGCACCCAGCAUCCAAGGACGGACUUCAGGGGACAUGUGUAGUGUGUUAAGACGUGCUGAUGGAAACAAUAUCUUCAAAACUAAAAAUCAGCAACAGUUGAAUGCUACAAAAGACAUUUAAAGAUUUUAUUUAAACUGUUAAGAAUCAACACGCGAACAAGCCCACUCCUUCAUGAACAAUUCCAUUUUAUUGACUGAACUUUUCUCAUAUCUUCAACAUUUCUCAGUCCUGAAGAUUAAGGAAAACAAAGCGACGCCUAUUUUGUAUAAAGUUUCUGACUCCGUCUUGGCUGUCUAGUGCGUGCUAUCUGUGUGGGGAGAAGCUUCGUGAAUAUGCACCGUUUGGAUGCCCAUACACACCGAGGAAGAAAGCCUCGGAACAUUUUUCUGUACUCAUAUUUAGAUUCACAAUGGUUGUGUAUCUCUAUAAUGUGAAAUAUUUUUUUGUGGUGAAAAAAAGGGGGCCAAGGAGGUAUGAGCCAUUAACUGGAACAGAGGAGGAUAUGACUAGGUGAAUUUGGGGUGGCAGGGAGGGAGGGAGGGUUUAUCAUUGCUUAACUUCAUCUUAAUGAAAUGAAACUUUGUAACUUAUUGUAGUUAGAAAUUGUAACUUUGAUAUCGAAUCUCUUGCCUUCAACAAGCACACUGACAGAGAAAAAAAAAAUAUGCUACUGUCUGUUGGUUCCAAUAUUCUCCCACCUAGAGCUUCCUGUUAAAGCAAGUGCGAUCAGCAACAGUUUUUCAACUUUCGCGCACUGUAAACCUAUUGCAUUCUUAGGCUACUGUGAGGUCUAUGUUUCUUGUACCUGAAAUUGUCCUUUUGACUUCUAGACCCUUCUUCCCUGAUGUGUUUUGUAUGUGGUUAUAAAAUUGUAGACUUUUGUGAUUUUGCCAAAGUUGUAGCUAAAUAUUUAUACACUUGUCUUGAAUUUUUUUCAGAUCCACUUAAAAUAUUUAGAAAAACGAGUUUUAUUCCUUAUGUGUCUUAUAGGGGAUAAAAUGCUCUUUCAUGCGACACUUCCUUUCCCAUGAACACUUGCAGUUGCUAAGGGACUUUAUUUUGUAACAUAUCAAUUAUAAAUAUUGUAUUUAUCUUUGAAAUUUUGUACAUUGCUUUCCCUGCCUCCUUUUUUCACGUCUGUAUUGGUGUUUGAUCCUGCCCAGUGUUGUUGCACAGGGAAAGAGCAGACACCAAGAACUGUCUCUUUGAUCUGUUUUGUUGAAAUGAACCAAUGUCCUUACAUUUCAUUUGUACCUAAACUGUUUGCUAUCGUUUAGACUUUCCACUCCCUCCCCUUUUUUUUAUGUUGAGGAAAAGUCAAAUUCAUUGUUUAUUUUUAUAUUAUUUUUAAGUUAUCUGAACAAAUACUUUUGAAAAGGAAAGUUUGUUGUAUAGUCAAAAGAAAACGGUGUCAGCGGCUGUGACAAAUUCUAGUAGGUUCUGUGCAUGUGGAACGGCCGUGAAGGGGCCACGCCGUCCGGGCUGUGUCCUUAUUUUAUUUUUAAUUUUUAUUUUUUUUUGUAGAAUGUAAAAAACAAAAAAGUCAUUUUAGCUGCCACCUAUGACUUUGCCACAUAGCUGAACUGUGUUUACUGGAAAAAUUCAGAGGCCUAAAGUUUAAAAUAAAAUUUACUUCCGACGUUUUAAUUACAAAUGUUUGCCACAUUAACUUCUCUGAUGCCUUAAAAGUGGACUUCUUUGAAGAACUUCUGUGCUAUUUUAUCACAGGCUCAUACCACAAUUGUUAAUAUCUGGAGAUGGAUGAUGAACACACACACACACACACACACACACACACACACACACACACACACACCAAAAGCACAAACCUCCAGUCCGCCAGUCACUGCUUCCUGGGUCUGUCUGCUGCUUUCUGGCCUCUUAAGCUCACCUUGGAGUUAGAGAGGUAUUGGGGGACACUGCUGGUUAGUAUGUUUUUAUUUGAAACAGGACCUUUUUGUGGUCAGAUCCAACAGCACUGUCUGUACUUUUUUUUAACUGGAAAGGCCUCCUUCAGACACUCUGCCUCUUAGUGCCAAACCCACCAUGAGACCAAGAGUCAGGACUCUGUUCCUCCACACUCAUUGCUCUUGCAGACAGCGCAUGCUUCGCAGACAGCAGCAGAAGUCACAUUUAAAACAAAAAGGAGGGGAUUUUCAAAACUAGACACACACCUUCACAAAGAGACGACAUAGAGCUUAGAAAGGGUUCAUUCAAGGGACUCAAUAAGAGAAACAGAAUGUCCCCAAGGGUCAGUGGGCCACACUCUGGUUUUGUGGCUGCUGACAGGGCUUAGCUACAUGAACAGCUUGAGAAGUCACUUUGGAACUAAAUUGCCUCGAUUUAUUUUGUGUAAGUAAGGGUUUGACCUAAAAAGAGCUCACGUGCACAUUAGCAAGUGUCCUCGUGCCCGCACCUGGUUUGUGUUUUAGAUCAACUAGUCAACGCCCUCAUUGCUUCAUUGUGUCAAAAACCGAGAGCUUCACUAAAUGGUAGAUUUUGCUGUCAGAGACCCUACAAUAAGAUUGUUUUAUCUGUACAUUUUUUCAGAUAUUUAACUGUAUAAAAUGUUCAUUUUACACAAUAUUUAAUUAAAGUAUUUCUUGUCUGUGAAUUUCACUUUUGGUAAUUUUAUCUGUUUUGACUAUUAAAAUGACUGACAAAUGAA